ACGUACUUUCGAUUUUGGAGCGUCGUACUUUGGCGCGAAGCUUUGUUUUGUUAGUCUGGCUUGGAUUUGGGUGGGAAAGGCUUGUAGUGGGAAAUACGAUAAAAAGAACAAAAAAUGGAAAACAGAUUCUCAAGAAAUCCCCACAACCGUCAUCAAGAAAAUGGAUACAGGAGCAAAAGUUAUCGCCAAAGGUCCAGAGAGAGUGGCAGUCCUCUUAGAAGUCCGCUGCAGCCCAAGAAAGAUCACCACAACAGGGAGCACGAGACCACAGAAUCACGAGACAGGAGCAGGAGACCUUUGUGGAAAAACUUGCAGGUUUCAAAGGAUGUAGAAUGUGAUGAAGACUUCCCCCCGCUCCGUAAAGAUCUGUGUUACACGCCGGAGGUUAGAGUAGAGAGUCAGACCCGAGUGAGGGACGAUACGGAGGAGAUGGACAGGAAGAGUGGACGGCCCAUGCACAAGGGCAGAAGGAAACUUCACCUGGGUGGAAAUGAUUCAAAGAGACAAAAAUUUGAAGAGGAACGCGACCCUGCAGUGUUAGAUCGCCGUCAGAAGGCCAUUGAUUACGGCAAGAAUACCCUGGCUUACGACAGAUACAUCACUGUUAUUCCCAAAUCGCAGAGAACCAAGACACAUCCCAGGACCCCGAACAAGUACAGGAAGUGUAGCCGGCGGUCAUGGGACAGUCAGGUCCGCCUGUGGCGUAUCUCGCUUCAUCAGUGGGACCCACCCAGUGCUGAUGGAACUCCCGCACCACGCAGGAAUCCCUCUGUGCUGGACACCUCGGAUGAGAGUGAUUCGGACUGGGGGGAUGUACAUCUGAGUUCACUCUCCCUGUCCCAGCCCUCCACCCACGAGUCUGAUGCGGACUCCGAAAUGUCAUCUACCUCAGUUAGUUCCACCCAGAGUCCGCAAUUCACCGCUCUAGUGGACAAAGAAAACACGGACAACAAGGAUGUUGUAUAGAAGGAACAAGGGAUGUCGGAGAAUGGUUGUUGUGUUGUGUGUGUCUACGGAUUGAGCGGGCUAUAUAAGCUAGUCACUGAAGUUUGGAAUGGUUUGAAGAGAUGUUUGAUUCAAUGCUGUCUGAUGCAAUUAUUUUUUAUGUUCUUUAGGUCUAAAUGAAUAUUCUGUUCAGUCUUUGUGCGAAACUUUGGGUCAAAUGAAUGUUCUGUUCAAUUUUUGUGAUCACUUGUUCGUGAUAGUUUGGGUCAAAUGAAUAUACUAUGUUAACUUUUUUGGGCUGUAAAUCUGUCAGAAAUGUUUUUAUUUUUAUUAUGUGUAAUGUAAAUCCUGAAAGAAACGAUGCAGGAUGCAGUGUACAGAGAGAAAAUCUACAACCAAUAGUGCUACUAUAGGCAGCUUAUAAGACCUCCAUUAUUGUUCAGUAAAAGGGUUUGUGUUCAUUGUGUGUGUCAGGAAUUAGUGAAUGGAACCAAGGAUCCACUGAUGUAUGUAUAUGGGCAGCAUGAAUAGAGAGUGAGCAAAAGAAAGAUACUUGUGUGGAACAGAGGAAAAACUAACUAUAAGAUAUAAACAUUUAUGGUACUUUUCGUUGUAUUACAUGUAUUUUCUUUGCAUUAGUUCAUGUCAUGUUUUAAGAGGAACUGUAUGAUCUUGCGUUGUAGAGUAUUUUAUUGUGAUCAUUUUAAUUUUUAAGUGAUUUUUUGUUUUUAAAUUAUUGAUAUGUACUCUUUGUAUCUAUAACGAGGUAAAAGUCCAAUAAGAUGACGGUCAAUUUGUUUCAUGACACAAUCUUUUAGAACAAUAUUUUUUAGAGAUUCCAACUGAAAUGAAUCGUAUGGCAUGAUCUUGUAAAAGCAUUUUUCAUGUACAUGUAUAAAUAAACAUAUUACACACUUUAA